UCGGCAUUCCGCAUUGUCUGAUCGAGUCCUCCUCCCUUGGACUUCUUUAGCUGAACCAAAGCAUCUACCUUUCUCCUGCUUUUCCUUUUUGUUCUCCUUUACUCAUCUCCCUUUUAUUCUCUUCUCUCACGAGACCACUUUCCUCUUCGAUCGCUCUCAUCUCCCUGUGCUCCGCUCGGCGUCACCAUGGAUGAGGAGUACGAUGUGAUAGUCCUCGGGACCGGGCUCAAGGAGUGCAUUCUCAGCGGUCUUCUCUCCGUCGAUGGCCUCAAGGUCCUGCACAUGGACAGGAAUGAUUACUAUGGAGGAGAGUCAACUUCACUUAAUCUCAUCCAGCUUUGGAAAAGGUUUAGGGGCAGUGAUAAGCCCCCAGCAAAUUUGGGUCCUAGCAGAGAUUACAAUGUUGACAUGAUUCCAAAGUUCAUCAUGGCAAAUGGUACUCUGGUUCGUGUUCUCAUACAUACUGAUGUUACAAAAUAUCUUUCCUUCAAAGCAGUGGAUGGGAGCUAUGUUUUUAAUAAAGGAAAGAUUCACAAAGUUCCUGCAACUGAUAUAGAAGCACUCAAAUCUCCAUUGAUGGGUUUGUUUGAGAAGCGCCGAGCUCGGAAAUUCUUCAUUUACGUCCAGGAUUACGAUGAAAAUGAUCCAAAAACACAUGGGGGACUGGAUCUUACAAGAGUGACAACUAGAGAACUUAUCUCCAAAUAUGGACUGGAUGACAAUACAGUGGACGUCAUUGGUCACGCAUUGGCUCUUCAUAGAGAUGACCGAUAUCUAAAUGAACCUGCCCUUGAUACUGUUAAAAGGAUGAAGCUUUAUUCAGAAUCUCUAGCUCGUUUUCAAGGAGGAUCGCCAUAUAUCUAUCCUCUAUAUGGAUUAGGAGAGCUACCACAGGCUUUUGCACGCCUUAGUGCUGUUUAUGGUGGAACAUACAUGUUAAAUAAACCAGAGUGCAAGGUUGAAUUUGAUGUGGAAGGAAAAGUUUGUGGUGUGACAUCAGAAGGGGAAACUGCUAAGUGCAAGAAGGUCGUAUGUGACCCUUCCUACUUACCAAAUAAGGUUAGAAAGGUUGGAAAGGUUGCAAGGGCGAUAGCUAUUAUGAGCCAUCCCAUCCCAAAUACCGAUGACUCUCAUUCAGUGCAGGUUAUUCUGCCACAGAAGCAACUGGGACGCAAGUCAGACAUGUAUCUCUUCUGUUGUUCUUAUUCACACAAUGUUGCUCCAAGAGGGAAGUUCAUUGCAUUUGUCUCAACAGAAGCUGAGACUGAUCGUCCAGAGAUAGAACUAAAGCCAGGGAUUGAUCUUCUUGGGCCAGUAGAUGAGCUAUUCUUUGAUACUUAUGACAGAUUCGUACCUGUCAAUGAACCCUCUCUGGAUAAUUGCUUCAUCUCAACUAGUUACGAUGCUACGACACAUUUUGAGUCAACUGUCAUGGAUGUGCUUCAUAUGUAUCGCAUGAUCACCGGAAAGAAUGUUGAUCUCAGCGUGGAUCUGAGUGCUGCUAGUGCUGCUGAAGAAUGAUAACACGGCAGGAGUGACAAGAUUCUGUCAUCCCUGUAAUAUUUUCAGCUGAUCUCUAUAUGAUAUAGCUAGCAUUGUGCAGAAAAAAGUGCUCUUGCAUUAUGGUGUUUCUGAUGCUUCUUGAAUGUCUUCUACCACAGGCCAUUUAUUAACAUAACAAUCCUUUUAAAUGUGUGGUAUUACAAAGUUUUAUCUGCUGUACAUCAAAAUUCACUGGCUUCUAGUUUGUAUGUCAUUGCGAAGGGUAUUGUGGAGAUGUGGAGUAUUAUGCCUGUGAUAUUGUGAUUUGUUCAGGACAGUCACAUUAUUGCCCUCUUUCUUGCUUCACGGUUGCUAA